CAUACAAUCUACUCAACCAAAUUCAACAAUGGCCCGAACCAAGCAGACCGCACGUAAAUCUACCGGGGGCAAGGCUCCUAGGAAGCAGCUGGCAACCAAAGCCGCUCGCAAGAGCGCACCAGCCACCGGUGGUGUGAAAAAACCACAUCGUUACCGUCCGGGAACCGUCGCUCUCCGUGAGAUCCGUCGUUACCAGAAGAGCACGGAGUUGUUGAUCCGCAAAUUGCCGUUCCAACGUCUGGUGCGUGAAAUCGCCCAGGACUUUAAGACCGACUUGCGUUUCCAAAGUUCCGCUGUCAUGGCAUUGCAAGAAGCAAGCGAGGCGUAUUUAGUCGGCUUGUUUGAAGACACCAACUUGUGCGCCAUCCACGCCAAGCGUGUUACAAUCAUGCCCAAGGACAUUCAACUGGCUCGUCGUAUCCGUGGAGAACGUGCUUAACCAUUUUAGUUUUAAUUUCACCCUAAAACGGCCCUUUUCAGGGCCACCACACAUUAUAAAACAACUACUACAUUUAUAUAAUA